GUCUGACUACAUAAAAGCUGAUAAAACCCCGAAACUUUACCUUCUUAAAAACCCUCGCAGAAUUCAUUCAAUCAAUCAAAAAAUGGCAAUAGAAAUGGAAAUGGAAUUUGAAAAAGAGUCUCCAAAAAUCUACAGAUUCCCACAAUCAAAAUACAUUGACGCACUUCGUUGGAUUCCAUCUCCAUCUUCCGCAUUUGAUAGGUUCAUCUCGUUAGCACUCCAUGACCCAGAUACUGAUUCUUCUUCCAUUGAAAUCCAUUCAUUAACAAACCAGAACCCAUCUCUUCACCUUGAAUCUUCUUGGACUUCUUCUUCAAGAAUUUCAGCUCUUAAAGUUUCUCAAACUCCAUCAAAAACCCUAAUUGCUGCAUCCUCGUUUGAUGGUUCUCUAAAUUUGUUACUUACUAACCCACUCAAUGUUGUUAUUGAAUCUGAGAAUUCAAUUUCUGAUAAAGAUUUUCAUGUUGGACCUAUUUCUGGGAUUGAUUUGAAUGGUGGUGGAUCUGAAUGUGUUACUGUUGGUGAAGAUGGGAGGGUUAAUUUGGUUAAUGUUGGUGAAUCUAGUCUGGGUUAUAAAACGGUUUUUGAUAGUCAUGGAUUGGUAUCGUAUGCUGCAGUUAAAUGGGCUUCACCAUAUGAGUUUGCUACUGGUGGGCUAGGGUUUAGUCUUCAAUGGUGGGAUCAGAGAAAACCAGGUGGUGCUGUUUCUCAGCUCAAAGGUGAUUGGGCUCGUAGAAGUAAAUCUGGGAUUGUACACUCAAUCGACAUUCAUCCUUCACGAAAGCAUGUCUGUGUGGCUGGAGGCUCAUCAGGUACUAUAUUUGCAUGGGACUUGCGGUGGCAACAACAGCCAAUCCUUCUUUCGUGGGUUGAUGCACAAGUUGGGGGAGUAAAUUCACCCUCUGAGAGUGAGGUCUGGGAGGUUCAAUAUGAUGCUUACAUGCAGUCUCAGAAUGUUAGCAACACUUCAUCAACACGGGUUCUACCUGUCAUGAUGUGCUCAGAAGACGGGAUUCUUGCUUCAAUUGAACAAGGUGGAAAACAGGUUGAGGUUUUGGGAGAGACUUCUUCAAUCAACAGUUUUGACAUCGACCUCCAAAAUCCAUCUGAUGUAGUUUGUAGUCUAGAGUGGGAGUCUGUGGUAUUUGUAUCUAGACAAUGACUCUCCACAAGAAAAGGAAUUAAUACAAAGUUUUGGUGGACGCUGGAUGUUAUUCUGACCGAUUACAUCCCCAUUUGGGAUUGCUUUUAUUCCUAUGAAAAACACUUUGUAACAAACUUUUAACAUAUCUAUAUCUAUGCCAAAAGUUGUGGUAAUUUUUUUUUCUUUUUCAAAA